AAACGGAAUCCAUCACUUUGACUGAACAAGCUUCUUCAAUUCAAAAACACACACAACGAAGACGAAGACGAAGAAGAAGAAACGAUGUUCUUGAUCAAAAACCUCACACGAAUCUCACCAACUUCAUCAUCAAUCGUGACCAGAUUCAGAAGCACCGGAUCAUUCACUCUCGCUUCCCGUUUCUGCACAGCUUCAGAGACUCAGAUUCAAUCUCCGGCUAAAAUUCCAAAUGAUGUGGAUCGGAGUCAAUAUUCAGGUUUAGCACCGACGAGAGAAGGAGAGAAACCGAGAGUGGUGGUUCUCGGGUCGGGUUGGGCGGGUUGUCGAUUGAUGAAAGGAAUCGAUACGAAUCUCUACGACGUCGUUUGUGUUUCUCCGAGAAACCAUAUGGUUUUCACUCCUCUUCUUGCUUCUACUUGUGUUGGUACUCUCGAAUUUAGGUCUGUCGCUGAGCCUAUCUCACGGAUUCAACCUGCGAUUUCUAGAGAGCCUGGUUCUUAUUUCUUCCUCGCUAAUUGCUCUCGUCUUGAUGCUGAUUCUCAUGAGGUUCACUGUGAGACUUUAACUGAUGGCUUGAAUACAUUAAAGCCAUGGAAGUUCAAGAUUACUUAUGAUAAGCUUGUGGUAGCUAGCGGUGCAGAGGCGUCCACGUUUGGAAUCCAUGGUGUCAUGGAAAACGCGAUCUUCCUUCGUGAAGUUCACCAUGCUCAGGAGAUUCGUAGGAAACUGCUUUUAAAUCUGAUGCUCUCUGAUACUCCUGGCAUAUCGAAAGAGGAGAAAAAGAGGCUGUUACAUUGCGUUGUGGUUGGUGGUGGACCAACUGGUGUUGAGUUUAGUGGUGAACUGAGUGACUUUAUUAUGAAAGAUGUUCGUCAACGAUAUUCCCAUGUGAAGGACGACAUUCAUGUUACUUUGAUUGAGGCCAGGGAUAUACUUUCAUCUUUCGAUGAUCGUCUCAGACGAUAUGCUAUCAAGCAGUUGAACAAGUCUGGAGUGCGGUUUGUGCGUGGGAUUGUGAAAGAUGUGCAGUCUCAGAAGCUAAUACUUGACGAUGGCACAGAAGUUCCCUAUGGACUCUUAGUGUGGUCCACUGGUGUUGGUCCUUCCUCUUUCGUUAGGUCUCUUGGUCUUCCAAAAGAUCCUACUGGAAGGAUUGGCAUUGACGAAUGGAUGCGUGUACCUUCUGUACAAGACGUGUUUGCCAUUGGUGACUGCAGCGGAUAUCUGGAGACCACCGGAAAACCAACCCUCCCUGCUCUCGCUCAGGUAGCUGAGAGAGAAGGGAAAUACUUGGCGAAUCUACUAAAUAAGAUCGGUAAAGCCAAUGGAGGACGAGCCAACAGCGCAAAGGAGAUAGAACUUGGAGCUCCAUUUGUGUAUAAGCACCUUGGAAGCAUGGCUACGAUCGGUAGAUACAAAGCACUAGUCGACCUUCGCGAGAGCAAGGACGCAAAAGGGAUAUCAAUGACUGGUUUUGUGAGCUGGUUCAUAUGGAGGUCGGCGUAUCUGACUCGAGUCGUAAGCUGGAGAAACCGAUUCUAUGUCGCCAUCAACUGGUUCACCACUUUCGUCUUCGGUCGUGACAUUAGCCGUAUCUGAGUUUUGUCCAAAGUCUCAUCUCGGCCUACGGUAAACGGCGUCGUUUGUACAGAAACACAUCAAUAACAUAACCUCGGGCUGAAAGAGAAAAGGUUUUAAACUUCUUUUUUUUUUGUGUGGCUGAUGUGAGCAAUAUGUUUUUUUGUUCUUUUUACUGUAUUUUGGUUGUUGAGUUUUCAUUUGAAGGAAAAUGAAUGUUUCAAACGAGA